AUGAAGUUCUCCCACAGCAUCCAGUUCAAUGCCGUCCCGGACUGGAGCAGCCACUACAUUGCUUACAGCAACCUCAAGAAACUCAUCUACCAACUCGAAAAGACCGUCCAUCAGCCCGGAACCGCCGACGUCGAGACGAGACCGCUCCUGAGGAAUGAGGACCCGGACACUGUCUUCAGCCGAGCCCUGGAUGUCGAAUUGGAAAAGGUCUCCUCGUUCUACGGGGUAAAGGAGAAGGAGCUGUUUGACGAGGUCGACGACCUGCUACGCGAUGUAGGCUCGUUCGACGAGAACGGCCCGAACGAGCACGAUGGCCCCAUGCGACCAGUCAUCCAACAGCCCACCACGGAACAGGUGAAGCGUGCGCGCGGGCCACGAAGCAGCCAGAGUGCCCAGAGCGGCCACAGCCUCCACUCGACAGAGGAUGGGAUUGAGGACAGCGACGACGACGACGACGACGAUGAAGACGAGACAUCUGCUCUCAACAAGAAGAGGAGGUCGAGCAUCAAUGGCGGCAUGGCCCGACGGCGCACUGUAGCCAACUUCAUGCACAAUUCCACCGAUUUGACAGCCUCCACCGACUACACGAGAUCAGCCCGCAGACACAGCACGGGGUUCGACGACUAUGCCGAGACGGCCCAGAUGUUCACGUCCGGCAUCAUGUUGAAGAAGCGCAUCGUCGGCCUCUACGUGCAACUGUGCGAACUCAAGUCUUACGUGCAGCUGAAUAAGACCGGCUUCCGCAAGGUGCUCAAGAAGUUCGACAAGAUCAACGACCGCGACCUUCGACCCAAGUACAUGGACAGCACCGUCGAAUCUGCCUACCCCUUUCUCCGCGACACUAUUAGCCAUAUCGAGGAGAAUAUCGAGAAGAUGGAAAGAGCGUAUGCCCACGUGGUCACCCACGGGGACGAGUCGCUCGCCCGAAAGGAUCUCCGGUCACACCUGCGGGAGCACGUUGUCUGGGAGAGAAAUACUGUGUGGCGAGACCUCAUCGGUCUCGAGCGUCGCGCGGAAGCUGCAUCUCUGGGGCAGGGUCUUCUCGGCGCCCAGAACGACGGCAUGAAGGUCAGAUUACAAGGCGACGAUGCGCCCCAAGCACCCACCAAGAAGAUCAACACUCCGAUUGGGCGCUUCACCGUUCCAACCUGGCUCUUUGGGUCGACCAUGUUCACGCUCUUGGGCAUCAUCGCCAUCUUCUUGCUCCUUCUUUUCAUCCCUAUAAUGGAAAGGCCAGAGCAGCAGAACUGCUUGGCUUUGCUGAUAUUUGUCAGUCUGUUAUGGGCCACCGAGGCAAUCCCGCUAUUCGUGACCUCGUUACUGAUACCCUUCCUCUGCGUCGUGCUCAACGUCGUCCGGUCAGAUGAGGCGCCGUACGCGAGGCUGAAAUCCAAGGAAGCCACAGCGUAUGUGUUCGCAGCUAUGUGGACACCCGUCAUCAUGCUUCUUCUGGGCGGCUUCACCAUCGCUGCUGCCUUGUCCAAAUGCAAGAUCGACAAGCGGAUUGCCACCUUCGUCCUUAGUAAGGCCGGAACACGACCCAGGACGGUACUCAUCGCCAAUAUGUUCGUGGCUGCGUUUGCCAGUAUGCUCGUCAGUAAUGUGGCGGCUCCCGUUCUCUGCUUCGGCAUCAUCGAGCCCAUGUUGCGCAAUUUGCCAUCCGACUCCAACAUGUCCAAGGCCGUCAUCAUGGGCAUUGCCUUGGCUUCCAACAUUGGUGGCAUGCUUUCGCCCAUCGCUUCACCUCAGAACGUGGUCGCCCUCGGAAUCAUGCAGCCUGCGCCGACUUGGGGCGAGUGGUUUUUCGUCGUGAUCCCUGUCGGCAUAGUGUCGAUAUGUCUGAUAUGGUUGUUAUUACUGGUCACUUUCCAACCUGGCAAGGGGACCAAUAUCGUCCCUAUCAGGCCUGUCAGGGAGCACUUCACUGCUCUGCAGUGGUUCGUCUCCGCUGUCUGUGUCACCACGAUUGCGCUGUGGUGUGCGAGCCACGCCCUGGAGUCAACAUUUGGCGACAUGGGUGUUAUAGCCAUCCUUCCGAUCGUCAUCUUCUUCGGGAUUGGCAUACUGACCAAGGAGGACUUCAACAACUUCCCAUGGACUAUCAUUAUCCUUGCUGCCGGUGGUCUGGCCCUCGGCAAGGCGGUCAAAUCCUCUGGCCUGCUCCACACAGUGGCCGAACGCAUCUCUGGUGAGGUCAACGGGAUGGAUCUCUACGUUGUCCUGCUCAUAUUCUCGAGUCUGACUCUGGUCAUCGCGACGUUCAUCAGUCACACGGUAGCUGCACUGAUUAUCCUGCCGCUCGUGUACGAUAUUGGAGACGCCAUGGAGCAGCCGCACCCCAACCUGCUCGUCAUGGCGGCCACCCUGAUGUGCAGUGCAGCGAUGGCUCUGCCAACCAGUGGUUUCCCUAAUAUGACGGCUAUCAUGAAAGAAGAUGCCACUGGUCAGCGAUAUCUACACGUCAAGCAUUUCAUCAGCCGAGGUGUACCAAGCAGCUUGCUCACCCUCGUAGUCGUGGUCACACUUGGCUACGGCGCGAUGCGUAUCAUUGGGAUGUAG